UCCGUCUUGGGGCCCCUCCUGUGGAACCUCGGUUAUGACUGGGUCCUCCGCGGGGCACAACUCCCUUACAUGGUCACGCUGUGUUAUGCGGAUGACACACUGGUGGCUGUGCGAGGGCGGGAGUUGGAGGAGGUUCUCAGGAGGGCGGCGGUGGCGACGGAGCUCACCGUCCACCGCAUCGGGCUCCUCGGGCUGCGGGUCGCCAUCGCAAAGACCGAAGCCAUGGUCCUGGGGGGCGUGAGGCGGUGGAGGCUACAGGCAAACACGGCGCUGAGGGUGGAGGGCCAGUCUGUCCAGGUCAAGGCCAACAUAAAAUACUUGGGCCUUGUCCUGGACAGAAAGUGGACUUUUGAGGAGCACUUCGCAAGACUCGCUCCUCGUCUCGUGGGUGCUGCCUCGGCGCUGGGCAAUCUGCUGCCCAACUUGGGAGGGCCGAACGCCCCCUGCAGGCGGCUGUUCGCGGGGGUCGUCCGGAGUAUGGCGCUCUACGGAGCGCCAAUCUGGGCCGGAAGGCUGCGAGAACGCACCAAGGCGUUACUCCGUCGGCCCCAGAGGGUCGUGGCCCAAAGGGCAGUCAGGGCCUACCGCACCACUUCCCAUGCCGACUGGCUAGGAAGAAGGAGGGGGGUCCUCACGUACCGGUUGACUCAGGUGGUGACCGGGCACGGGUGCUUUGGACACUACCUGCACCGGAUAGGGAGAGAGCCGAGCACCCAGUGCCUGGACUGCGGUGUGGAGGACGAUACGGCCCAGCACACCCUUGAGGAGUGUAGUCGCUGGGCCGUGGAAAGGGCUGCGCUGGUCGCAGCCACAGGACUGGUGGACCUCUCGCUGCACAGCGUCAUAGGGGCGAUGCUGAGCAGCGAGAGAAGAUGGGAUGCGGUGGCCUCCUUCUGUGAAGACGUCAUGUCACAGAAGGAGGCGGCGGAGAGAGAGCGCGAAGCUGCGGCUGACGCGCUGCCUCUCCGUCGAAGACGGCAGGGUCGAAGGCGACGAGCAUUCUUGCGCCACGACCCUUAGUGGGGCUAGCGGGUACGGGACCCGCA